AUGACGGUGUUGAGGUCCCGGGAGAUUGUUCCAAAAGUUGAAUUACAAGCUCAAGCAAAUAACAAGGAUGCUGUUAUGUUAAUGGAGCCUCAGACUCCCGCAAAAAGUCUGGAUGGCUUGAACCACCUCUCAACCGCCAGGACUCUUACUGUGAGCCCUGAAUCUGCAGCUCCAGAAGCUGUUGGGUCCAGAUCUGGGUCAGGGUCAGGGUCUGGAAAUCUUUUGAGGCGGUGUAGUCUUCGUUUGGCAUCUAAGAUGGACUCUGGACUGACUGGAGGUGUGGAGAAUGUAGAAGAAAGUGUUAGAAGUAGUUAUAGAAAGAGGAAGAUAUCUAUUGCUGAAACAAAUUUGGGUGAUAGGCUUAAUUUGGGAAGUUCAGCUACUCUGGAGAGUCGGAUGAACAGAAAUCGGAAGAGGAAGAAUGGUGUAGAAACUGAGCUAUCCCGUUCUGCUAGGAAGGAUCAGGACCACAAGGAGAAUAAAAUUUUGUAUUUGCGGUCAGGGAAGAAAGUUAUUAAAAGUGAAGUGAAUUCUAGUAAUGUUGAUGCUUCUUUAGGAGGCGAUGGAAUCUUUGAUGAUAAGUCCGUUUCUGGUAAUGAAUCUAGGAUUAUUGCUGAUGGCUCUGGUGAAAAUGCUGUUCUGAUGAAUGAUUUUAAAGCAAAUGCUGGAGCGGCUGAGAAUGUUUGUAGUAGCAGAGGAAAUGACAAAGUCAAAGUAGUCGAGAAAGAUUCCCUCAGUAGCAGCAUUGGUAACGGGAAGUUGAAUUCAGCUGCCAGAGAAGCUGAUAGAAAUACAACUGUAAGAGUGUCGGGUCUUGAUGCCAGAAAUUCUAAGAGGAAGGAUAAAGGGGAGGAAAAAGUGGUUGAAAAUGGUUCCCAAUCUAGCUCUAGAAAUGCAGUCGAUUUUAAGCAUUUAAAUGAUGCAGAAAAUGAAAGUAGUGCUUCUGGUGAUCUUUCUCCUUCUGCAGCUGCACCAUCCCUGAGCACAGAGCAAAUGAAUGUAAGGGAACGAUUUCGUAAUAUAGCCAGGAAAAAUGCAUCUCGAUUUGCACAUUUCUCCUCCGAAAAUGAUGUGGAUAACCAUGGUAAUGACGCUCCUCGCAGAGACAUUCUAUCAUCUGCUACUAGUGGAGAAGCAGAGGACUGGCCUGGCCCUUUUUCAACUGCCAUGAAGAUUAGUAAGGAUCAGCGGAGUAUCUCCCGUGGCAAAAAAAGUGUUGCACCAGUGACGUGGGUGCCCAAGAAGGCUACGAAAGGAAAUUUUCCCAAGCAAUCUGUUCCUUUGCUGCAGGAUUUAUGUGUGGCAAUUCUUGUAAAGCAUGCUGAUGCAAUUACUUCACUUAACUGUGUUCCCGAUGUUAUGAGGCACAAGCUUUCUCAUUUGCUUUCUGAUUCUCGGAGAAUGGAUAGUCAUUUCUUGCGCCUGCUAGUGGAUGGAUCUCCCACAGAGAUUCGUGUUAGGGAUUGUUCCUGGUUAUCUGAGGAGAUAUUCAAAAAUGCAUUUGAAGGGUGUGAUCUCAGUAAUUUGACAGUGCUACAGCUUGACCUAUGUGGGAGAUGUUUGGCAGACUAUGUUAUAUCAGAGUCUUUAGCUUGCUCAGCGAAUAGCCUACCUGCAUUAACUACGAUUUCUUUUAAGGCUGCCUAUCGCCUUUCUGAUAUCGGGCUUAGUGCACUGGUUUCUUCUGCACCUUCAUUAAGAUCUGUUGAUCUUAGCCAGUGUUCCCUGAUUACUUCCGAUGGUGUAUGCUGUAUGGCUGCUUCGCUAGGAUCAGCUUUGAGGGAGCUCCAUCUAGAUGAAUGCCAAGGGAUAGACGCGAUGCACAUUUUGCCAGCUUUGCAAAAUCUUCAAAAUUUGGAAGUCCUAUCAUUGUCUGGUUUGGAAACGGUGUCUGAUGAUUUUGUCCUUGAAUUCCUUCGUGCAAGAGGCCCCAGUAUCAAGGAGCUUGUUUUAUCAGAUUGCACGAGAUUGACAGAUUCUUCUGUGAGAGCUAUUGCAGAAAGUUGUCCGGAAUUAUGUGCAGUUGACCUCUCUAACUUAUGCAAGUUAACAGAUGCUGCAAUAGGGUACCUCGCAAACGGUUGUCGAGCAAUUCAAUAUCUUAAAUUGCGCCGCAAUUAUUUCAGUGAUGAAGCUGUUGCUGCGUAUCUCGAGACCUGUGGAAAUUCAUUGAGAGAACUUUCCCUCAGUAAUGUUGAACAGGUUGCUGAGUGCACUGCAACAUCACUUUCAAGACACUCUGCAAAUUUGAAUUAUUUGGAUCUAUCCUGGUGCCGCAAUUUGACGGAUGAAGCCCUGGGUUUGAUUGUCGAUAACUGUUCCUCUCUGAAAGUGCUCAAGGUGUUUGGCUGUUCUCAGAUAACUAAUGUGUUUCUAUCGGGCCACUCAAAUGAAGAAGUGCAGAUCAUUGGAUUAAAGAUGGAACCCAUUCUAAAGCAUUUUCAGGACCCUGUUAUAUCACACGGAGCCCUGCGUUAUUCGUCUGUGUGA